AUGACGGGACAAUCAAAAGUGCCAAAGAAACAUCUGAGUGACCCUCAGUCGCCGUCAUCUGCCAAGCGGCAGCGCAUCUCUGGCAAGCGCUCCGAUGAGGAGAAGCAUUACGAUGCUCUCUACGGGCCUCGUGAUAACAUUCGGUUGCGUUUCCCUGGGCUCUCUGGAUUGCGGCUCUUGAACAAGGUGAACCUUUGGUAUCGCGUGAGGAAAGACACAGUGUUACCGUUCUUCCACACAGUGGACAAGUCAAAACAGUUGGUUAUGUUCGAGGACAAUUAUCGUGAUCAAGAAGCUGUAGAAGAAGAUUAUACAUUGAAAGUGCUCAGCUUGGGAAGCGUUCCAGGAGUUCGUGGAGAACCGUGGGCGAUCCUGAGUCCAGAUGGAGAUGCAGAACCAGAUGGCACCUUACCUUAUCGCAUGCUCACCUUCGGCACGCUCACGCGUGCAAUCUACAGCGCAAUAGAGAGGGAGCCGGAGAACGAGCAGGUGAUUGCCACUGUACAACAGGGUUUGCGUACGGCGCAAGUCUACAGCGCCCGCACCCCCAAGGACGUGUGCGAGUUCCUGAUAAAUUUCCACAACGAGUUCCACAAGGGCAGCGGCUACACCUUGAUCCAGUAUUACAGCCUCACGGACACGAGCGUGGCGCAAUGGAAAGCGCACGCGCACUCCAAGGGACUGGACGCAUCGAACCAGUCGGACAGGCAGAAGUGGUUGCAGGAGAACUACCCGGACAAAUUCCCGAGCCCCAACGUCUUCAACGAGGCGAAAGCCGGCCUCAACGCUAUCGGGCGCCUCAAGAUGAGACAAGCGUUCAUGGCGCUGUUCGGAUCGGUCUGUGACUUUCCUCAGAUGAAGAACGAGUUCGGCGUGAUGGCAGUGCACAAGAUUGCUGUUAUCCUGGAGACCAAGUACAAGGGCACGAUGGACGAGUCCACGCUGAGGACUGUCGGGGCGGAGAUGGUGAAGUUCAUGAUCCCGACGGUGACGCGCCCGAACUUCGACAGCAAAGACGACUCCGCCAACAAGGUGGUUUCCAAGAAUAAGGCAUUUCUCCACACGUUCGUCAGCUCUCGGGAGGUGCCCUGGAUCCUCAACACUCGCGAGCUCGAGAAGCUCAAAUUUUUGACUACGAAGAUGGAGGGCUCCACCACCCAGAGAAAGCUGGAGAACAACCUCAAGAAAACGCCGAAGAAGCUCAAGGCCAACAGCACCAUUACCACUGAGGCCAAGGAGCCCGCUGAACUGAACAUCAAGAUGGGGCCCGCCGACGCGGGGAGCAAAACCAAGUGCAAGAUUCGGGAGAAGACCUGGCUGGACGAUGUCAUCGCCUGCUUGAGCUGGGUCCGCUCGCAGCUUCCAGCGGAGCCGCCAGAGACAGAUUGGACGCAGUGCAAAGGAUUUGCGAUCUCGAUGGCCCUCGAGUUCUGCUUCUGCGGCAAGCUGACGAUCGGAAGUGAGACUUUCUGCCAGUGGUCCCUGCUGCGGCCAAAGCUGCAGGACAGCGUCAAGCAGAUCAUGUCUACGAAGUGCUCGUCAUCAUCUUCAGAUGCUGCAUCGCAUAUUCAGGAUAGCCUCAUGGACGCCCUGACCGACACGCCGCCGCCCUCUGACACUUCGCCUUCCCCGUGCAAGAGCCCAGGUGACGACAGGACGGAUACCAAGGAGUCGCGUGUCAAACACUUCGUGAACGAUGAGGGCCGGCUGCAAACGAUCCGUGCGUUUGUUGAUGGUGAGGUACACGUGGACAAGCCGCUCCGAACGCAGGCGCCCCUGUUUCAACUUCGGAGCUCGGUCCUGAAUGAGCUGAUGACGCUGAAGAGUUCAGAGGAGUUUGCCGAGUUCGCCACAAAAUUCGCCACUGCUGUGACUGCGAAGCUCGAGGAGGUUUUCCCUGACGACUGGUGGCUGUGCAUGGCCGCUCUCGUGGACUGCGUAGAUUCUGGUAAGCUCCCAGAGUGGAUCAAUAACGUGAUGAAUCCGGCCAGCAUUUCACAUUACCUGAUGCUUCGGGAGAACUACAUCGUGGAGACCCUCAAGGACAUGAUCACUGAUGACGACAUCUCCAUUCCAGAUGGGCACAAGUCGGCUCUGUCCAAGCUGGUCAAGGCUAUCAAGCGCCCAGAUCCAUCCAAGAGCGGCGUGCAAGACGUCUUCAGCACCAUGAGCAGGACCUCAGCGCGCAUGCAGGUCACGGGAGGGAUGCACAGCCACCUCUUGGUUUCCGUGCUGCGCGCUGGCCUCUCCGAGGACAGCGCGCCCGACGAGCUGGGCAACUUCAAGGCGCAGAUGCUGAAGGAUCUCGGCGUGACCGCGACCACUGGCGAGGACCUUGCGAACGCAGAUGGCGCGCAAGGCACUGGCGCUGGGCAGGAGGUCCACGUGAACCCCUGGGUCGUCAUGGCCGACGUCGUGUCAUUCAACGACUACGAGAAGCUCGACCUGAUCAGUAAGAAGCCGAACUCUUGGACGCCGCUCGCAGACCCAGACCCCGUCGCACUCUUCAUUGAGACCUUGCCCAGCUACACCGUGAACCUGCGCGACGAGAAGACGAGGAACCUGUUCAACGUGGACUGGGUCUUCCGGCUCAUGAGCUUCAUCGAGUUCAAGCUCGAGGAGGAGCGCGCCGACAUCAAGGAGCAGUCGGCCAACAUCGUCAUCAAUACGUCCGAGAGGAAGGUUGUGCCCGCCGACUCUAGCACCACGCCGGACGCAGCCAAGGCGAAGGCGAAAGCCAAAGCCAAGGCUUCGGCUAGGCCCGCCGACGCCGCCGACGCUGCAUCCAACAUGGCCUGCACCUUGGAGAAACACCGCUUCCAGGACUGCAAGCUUCCGUUCUCAGGCAAGAUCACCUGCCGCAGGACUCCUUUAUGCACGCAGAUUGGGAAGCUUAUCGUCACUACUGAUGAGUUCGACGAGUCGAUGUUGGCGAACUGCGAAGGCACGAAGAUUGAUGUCAUGCCGAACGUCUUCACUUUCGUCGUGCCUAUCUACAUGAGCGGCCAUGGAGGCAAUAACAUAUUUGGCCAACGUAUCGUUCCAGCCUGGUGCGUGAAGCCGAAAGACGACAACUACACCAUGGACAUCGUGCCGACGAAGGUGAAGCUGGAUAUUCCCGAGAGCCUCCGUCUCGGACCUACGGCGGCGAAGCAUAUCGAUGUGUCCGUCAGUCUUCUUCGCGGUCUGCCCGAGAAGGAUCUGCCCCAGGGGCAGCUCACGCCGCAGGGCAUCCUGCUGACCCGUCCCAGCUUCGCCGACGAGGUUCUGAAGUCGGAGAAGAAGUCGAACGCCAAGGCCAUCGAGAAGCUGACCGAUGAAUUCUUGAGCUUCAUGGGGGUCGGGGCCGCAGCGGACCAGAUGAACCGCAAGUCGAAGGCGAGUGCUGCGAAGGCAGCGCGCGGCUCCGGCGACGCCAGUGGCGAUGAGGAGGAUGAGGGCGAGAAAGUCGAGAGCUCCGCAGCAGCAAAGACUGCAGUCAAGCAUCUCACGCGCUA